AUCCGUAAGCUCCCAAAGGUUAACUGAUUUUCCUCACAUAGCCAGUGAGUAGCAGAGGAGGAUACAGAUUGAACCGUUUUUGCUCCAGAGUGGAGUUCUUUUCAUCAGACACUUCCUUUGUCUAGGCAAUUGGAUGGAACCAUUCUUGAGCCAAACCCUAGCCCCAGAACAGCUGCCUCCUGAAUUUCUCCCCUUAAGAAUUCUCCUUUUGGGUUCCUCUUUCCAGCACAGUGUGCUCUGUUUCGCUUCUGCCUUGAUUACUUGAGAAAUGAAAUACAGCAAACAUUUAUUAAGUGGUGCAUGGGGAUGAACACUUGGAGUUAAGAGCCCUGGAUUCUUGUUCUGGCGCUGCCACUAACUGGCUGUGUGGCCUUGGCAGGCUCUCCGUGGAGGCCCGGACCCCUCUCCUCUCCAUGGGCAGCUGCCAGGCAGGGCACAACCUGCAUCUCUGUCUGGCCCACCACCCACCUCUGGUCUGUGCCACUUUGAUCCUGCUGCUUCUUGGCCUUUCAGGCCUGGGCCUUGGCAGCUUCCUCCUCACCCACAGGACGGGCUUGCGCAGCCCUGACAUCCCUCAGGACUGGGUCUCUUUCUUGAGAUCUUUUGGCCAGCUGACCCUGUGCCCGGUGAAUGGGACAGUCACAGGGAAGUGGCGUGGGCCUCAAGUCGUGGGCUUACUGACCACCUUGAACUUCGGAGAUGGUCCAGACAGGAACAAGACACAGACAUUCCAAGCCACGGUCCAGGCUAGUCAGAUGGGAUUGAAAGGAUCUUCUGCAAGAGAGCUCGUCCUCAUUACUGCCAGGGUGACCACAGAAAGGACCCCAGGAACCUGCCUGUAUUUUAGUGCUGCUCCAGGAAUCCUGCCCUCCAGCCAGCCACCCCUCUCCUGCUCAGAGGAGGGAGCAGGAAAUGCCACCUUGAGUCCUGAGAUGGCUGAGGAGUGUAUCAGGGUCUGGAGCCACGAAGGCCUUGUGCUCACCAAGUUGCUCACCUCGGAGGAGCUGGCUCUGUGUGGCUCCAGACUGCUUGUUUUGGGCUCCUUCCUGCUUCUCUUCUGUGGCCUUCUCUGCUGUCUCACUGCUGUGUGCUUCCACCCACGCCGGGAGUCCCACUGGUCUAGAACCCGGCUCUGAGGGCACUGGCCUAGUUCCCAUCUUGUUCUCAGGUGUGAAUCAACUUCUCCAGACUUUGUUCUAAGUUGGAAGAAAUGUUACAAAAAAUGGAGAGCUGGAAUGUGGGGGAAAAUAAAAGGCUUUUUUGCCCAGUG